UCCUUGAACUAAACCAGCUGGAUACUGCCAUGAAAGGAGAAAAUUAUGAAGGACCUCUUAAUGUCUACCUUAAAGUAGGUCUGGUCCAUCCAAUGUAGCAAUGGAUAUCCCCUACAAUAGGAACAAUUUAGUAAUGGUCCUUAAAAGAGGCUGAAUGUAUACUUGGUGCAAUAGUUUAAUGUUUGUCUUUCCAUAGUUAAUACGUGUGGAGCAUCUGACUUUGUGUGCAGCAAUAAACAAUGUGUACCUAGUAGGUGGUUGUGCGAUGGCAAAGCUGACUGUGAAGAUGGAUCUGAUGAAAGUACAGACAUUUGUCGUGAGUACCACUUGCAUAUUAUUAAGAUCGCAAUGAGAUACUUCACCAGAUUCUGUAAAAUUAGCAAUUGAUGUUUUAACGAGGAAUGCUGUAAUCUGAUUUAUGGCAUGGAUUACACUUGCUUUCAAGGUAGUAUAGCUUUAAAAUGUUCUCCAAUUUAUAACAAACAUUCUAGAUGUCAAGUCCACAUUUAGGUGGCCCUGUCAUAAACAACAACCGUUCUUAAAUGCAUUACAGGAUCAUUUAAGAAGUUAAACUGUUCUUACUUUCAUUGAAAUGCAGAUUCAGUAUGAGGAUUAAUUUUGUUUUUCCAGAUCAAAAAACAUGUCUUGGCCAUCAAAUCAGCUGUGGGCCUGGAUCACUGCAGUGCAUUCCUGCUGCAUGGCAGUGUGAUGGAGAGAGGGACUGCAAGAAUGGUGCCGAUGAGGUUGAUUGUGGUAAAAUUACUUGUGAUCCUUUGGAAUUUGCUUGCUCCAGUGGAAGAUGCAUUGCAAAGACAUUUGCCUGCAAUGGUAUGGAUGACUGUGGUGAUGGAAGUGAUGAAAAGGAUUGUGCUGCUUCUACCUGUGGCAUUCAUGAGUUUCAUUGCAACAGCUUGGAGUGCAUCCCUUUAAACUGGGUGUGUGAUAACAGUGUGGAUUGUACUGAUAAAUCAGAUGAAUCUCCCGACCGUUGUGGACGCACUCUUCCUCCUUCGGCCUGCCCUUCUAGCGAGUUCCAGUGUGCUUCGGGAGAAUGCAUUCACCGUCGCUGGCACUGUGAUGGUGAUGCAGACUGCAAAGACGGAAGUGAUGAAACUAAUUGCCCUCCUCGCACGUGCCGACCUGAUCACUUCCAGUGUAAUGAUGGAACUUGUGUCCCUGGGAUAAAGCGAUGUAAUCAGUUCCGAGACUGUAAUGAUGGUGUUGAUGAAGUUAAUUGCCAGAAAGUUUCAGAAUGCAUGGCACAAACUAAUUUCAAAUGUCGCAGUGGAGAAUGCAUAAACAUUACCCAAGUAUGUGAUACUAAGCAGGACUGCAAAGACUGGAGUGAUGAAAUUGUUAGUGAAUGUAACAAGAAUGAAUGUUUAAAAAAGAAUGGUGGCUGUUCCCACAUAUGCCAGGAUCUCGUCAUUGGCUAUGAAUGUGAAUGCCCAGCUGGUUAUGAAUUGAUCAACAAGAUGACCUGUGGAGAUAUUAAUGAGUGUCGCAAUCCUGGAUCCUGCAGUCAAGUUUGUGUUAAUACAGAUGGAAGCUACAAAUGUGAAUGUCAUUCGGGUUAUCUUAUGGAUCCAGCUAGUGGAGCUUGCAAGGCAAUAGGAAAAGAGCCUUAUUUGGUUUUCACAAAUCGCCAUGAAAUCAGAAAGCUUGGGUUACAUCAUCAGGCGUACACCCAGAUUGCAGUGCAGCUGAGAAACGCUGUAGCACUGGAUGCUCAUAUGUCGGAGGGGAGAGUCUUCUGGGCUGAUGCGAGUCAGCAGGCAAUCUUCAGUAUGAUGCUGAAUAAAAGAAAGGAUGCAGCUGCAACGUCCAUAAUUAAUGACCUGCAAAUCCCUGAAGGAAUUGCUGUGGACUGGAUCUACAGACUAAUUUACUGGACUGAUCGUGGUACUAAAACACUCUCUGUGGCUAACUUUGAUGGAACAAAAAGGAAGAUUCUUUUUGAUACAAAUCUAAAGGAACCAGCUUCUGUUGUGGUUGAUCCACUGUCAGGAUUUAUUUACUGGUCUGACUGUGGUACUCCAGCAAAGAUUGAGAAAGCGGGAAUGAAUGGUGUUAACCGCCAGCUUUUACUUUCUGUCAACAUUGAGCGGCCAAAAGGCAUUGCACUUGAUCAUAUGAAAGGGCGCCUGUAUUGGAUCGAUGCAAAGUUGCACACAUUAUCAAGUAUAGACCUCAAUGGUCAGGACAGAAGAACGGUUUUGCAAUCACAUAAAUUUCUUGCGCACCCUUGUGCUGUGGCCCUAUUUGAGGAUCAUGUCUAUUGGGCUGAUGAAAAAGGAAUCUAUGAAGCCAACAAGUAUACUGGAGAUAAUGUGAAGCUUUUAGCCUCAAAUGUUGAACCUGGAGACAUCGUAAUUUAUCACGAGCUAAUACAGACAUCUGGGAAAAACUGGUGUGAAGAUUUUGGAACAUGCGAGCACUUGUGUCUCCCUGCUCCUCAAAUUAACAGUCGAUCUCCGAAGUAUACUUGUGUAUGUCCAACUGGAAUGGUGCUGAACGAUGAUGAGCAGCGUUGUCAUAAAGUAAAUGAACAUGCAACUCCAAAAGGAAUCUCUGCAAUGACUGCAGGUUUUUCAGAAGAAUUUUCCAGAUUGUAUACCAUGAUGCCAACAGUUUUGUCUAAUCCCAGAGAUGCAAGUUUGAAUACUUCACUUGAAAAAUUAAAUGAAGGAUCUACAACUAUUUGGGUCAUCAUUACCAUGUCACUUCUGGUAACUGUUGGCGUUGUUGGCUAUCUUACAUGGCACAAAUGGCAAAAGAAGAAUAUGAAAUACACCCACUUCGAGAAUCCAGUCUUUCAACGUAAUUGAUUUGUACAAAGCAAGUAAUAAAAAUGGAUUGUCACAACUUUCUUAACUGUGGGUGAUUCUGCACAUCUCACACUGGGUGGAUUGUGAACUGCGUUUUACAUUGGAUGCAAGUGUUUCUUUGGUUUGAAACCUUGGGGAAUUGGCCAAUUUGUUCAAUCAUUAACACUUGACAUCCCAUGAACCCUAACCAAGUCUACAUAUGGAUACAGCAUGAUUUCACGCUCGCCUGCCAUCUGCAGCUACAGAGCUUGGACCAAUUCCAGAACUAUUCCUCACAUGGCCUUGUGCACCUGCUGCCAGGGGACUUGAACAAAACGUUAAAGCUUUUAAGGGGUUUGGUGGGAACCCGAUGUUAGGAAAAUGGUUGCUAUUUAUGGGUAUUUGUACUGGCAAGAUUGCAAUCACUAGAUGCCAUUUAAGUUAGUAUUGUCACGUGUGCCAAGGUACAUUGGAAACCGUUUUGCGUGCUAUCCCGGUAAGGGAAACAUUAUGCAUGAAUAUAAUCAAGUCGUACAGUGCACUGAAAGGAUAAAGGUCCAAUAUUUUAAAAGUAUCCAUUUUUACAUUUUUAUCCUAGUAAAUUUUAAAGAUCUCCAAUGAGGUAGAUGGGAGAUCAGAACCAUAAUCUAGCUGAUGAGAAGACUUUGGUAAAAUUUAUUAGGAUAAUGUCAAAAGCCAUUAAGAUUCCACAGUAAUAACUAACAGCUGAGUCUUGGCUGUUAAUCCCUCAAUAUAUUUGGAUGGUAAAAUAAGACCUUAUUAUCAAUUUCUAAUUGAUUAGAAUGCCCAAUGUGUGUGAAUGGAAAUAUGAAAUACAAAUAACCUGCAGUUUGCUCAAGACAUAUGAUCAAUGGGGUUUGGAAGUAGCAGCAGGCCUUGAUGAAGCCACUGAAAGUGAAAGAAUGGUUGAAACAUGGAUCCUAGACUUUAAACCAGCAGAAAGUUAUGGACCUUUAUGAAGCAAUUGUAUGACUGCAACUGUAGUGUUAGUAACUGAUGCAUGAUUUUGACCAAAGCAUUGACCAUUCUUUUCUAUCACAGAUAAUGCUUAAUUGUUUGUUGCUCCAGAUUCUAGUAUCUACAAUUUAAGAUAGGUGCAGGCAAAUUAGAUUAAUUAGUUUGGUAUCAUGGUCAGUGCUGACAUGCUGAACAGGCGGACUUGUUCCUAUAUUGUACAGUUUUAAAUUCUCUACAGGGCAUGGUUAUAAGGUGAGAGGAGGAAAGUUUAAUGAAGAUGCGUGGGGCAAGUUUUUUACACAGAGUAAUGGGGGGCCUGGAAUGCACUGCCAGAGAUGGUGCUGGAGGCAGAUUCAAUAGUGACUUUUAAGAGGCUUUUGGAUAGGUACAUGGAAAUGUUGGGAAUAGAGGGAUAUGGAUAAUGUACAGGCAGAUCAGUUCAACUUGGUGUCAUUCAAUUCUUCAGGGCCCAAAGUACUAUUUUAUGUUCUAAGUAAAGGGUGUCUUCCAACACCACAGACACUUUACUCAAUUCUGUCCAUUUCCAAUAUUUUGGUGUUGGAAAUCACCAAUGACGAGAAAUGUUCUUAUUAACAUAUUUCACAUGUUGAGUCAUUGGUUUUCUGUACUGAUGGAACACACUGUAUUUAUGCGUUGUAUAAACUAUUGUAGAUCAAUUAUUAUCACUGCAUAUACCAUUUGAAAUGGAGCUCUGAAAGCUCUUCGUAAUUAACCUCAGGAAAACUUUCGUAAGCACAAAAUCUUAAUUGAAAUUGUCUUGCACACCUAUUAUCAGAAGAGGAAGCUGCAUGAGUCUGCAGUCAUGCUUCAUUGUGGGUAUGCACUGAUUCCACGUUGCAGUAUAUCUUUGCGCCAAGUGUCUGCACAGCAGAGCAGAUGUGAGAGGGACCUUACAUGGUCAGGUGCCUGCUUGACCACUGAACUUGCUACUGUGUUUCACCACAGCUCUGAACCAUUGAACGAGGAACCUGUUACAUUUUGCAUCCGAGUCUUCAAUUUUACAGCAGUCGUGACAGGGAAUCAAGCAAUAGGUGUAGGAGUAAACCAUUCGGCUCUUCAUAGCAAUAAAUCCUAUUCUUUAGAAAUGGGUCACCAACUGUUACAAAGCGACAACUUUGUAGUUUACGGCCCUUUUUUUUAAACAGGAGGCAGGAUGACGCAACGGAAGGGUUGCUGCCUUAGAGUCCCCAUGACCUGGGUUCAAUCCUGACCAUGGGUGCUGUCUGUACAUAGUUUGUAUCUUCUCCCUGAGACCGCGUGGGUUUUCCCCGGGUGCUCUGGUUUCCUCCCACACUCCAAAGAUGUACACGUUUGUAGGUUAAUUGGCUUUGGUAAAGAUUGGAAAUUUUCCCUGGUGUAUGUACGAGCAUCGCUGGUCAGCGCGGCCGUGGUGAGCCGAAGGGCCUGGUUCCACGCUGUGUAUCUGAACUAAACUAAAAUUUGUUAUUUUCAUUCUUUGCUUUUAAUUGAAAUCAUACCAUGUUUCUAACAACAUUCAUUAUUUUAUAUCUUUAGAAUUCCAGCAUUUAUUAUAUCAAUUCUAGCCUGUUUAAAACAUCUCUGAAUGUAAUGCUGAUAAGCCCCUUUGAUAGCAAUGAGCAGUCAAAGUCCAUGCAGGUACUGGUAGGAUCAGUGUUAGAGUCUGCUACCUGAGAUCAAGUUGCCGCACAGGCCACUCUAGUUCAGGAGCAACACACGCAUGACCCACACAGCAGGUGUGGCCACAACAUUAGUGUGGGGCCUUUAGCAGGCAAUGGGUUGGAUUUAACUGAUCCAAACUGUGCCAUUCUUCUGAACAAAAUAUCCAUUUGACCCUAAAGCAUUGUUUUCACUAUAAUGUUUCUCCCUCAAAUAUUAUUGACCUUUUUAUUCAAUUUGUUAAGUUUUUUGAUUUACAGUAUAUCAUCCAAUUUGGCAACAAUCAGGAAAAAACAUUAUGAUUAAUAUUUAGGGUAUGCCUCAUGACUGAUUUUAGACCUAAAGAAUCGAGGCAUGUCAUGUGUGUAAAAUUUGAGUUUUUCUCAUAAAAUUGGAACAUCUUUUGCAUGGGAUUUUAUCUGGGAUCUUUAACUCCCAAAACUAUGUAAUAUGAAACCUCUUCUAUCGUUCAGGAAUGAAAUGGAACUCCCUGAUAUUUGUUAUAUUCAUAGCU